AUGCUGCCGUUGAGGAGCCUGUGCAAGCAGAUGCUACCGUUGAGGAGCCUGUGCAAGCAGAUGCUACCGGAGGAGCCUGUGCAAGCAGAUGCUACCGUUGAGGAGCCGGUGCAAGCAGAUGCUACCGUUGAGGAGCCUGUGCAAGCAGAUGCUACCGCUGAGGAGCCGGUGCAAGCAGAUGCUGUUGUUGCAGUGGCGACCCCAGGGAGCAAGCCCCACGAGGAACUAGAGGAUCUUCCAGCUCCAGUCGCCACUGCAGCGACCACUAUUGAAGAAGAAGCCAUGCAGCCGCAGAAACCUUCUCAUGGGGCUCAGGCGGAAAUUGGGGAUGGAAGCCCUUCAUCAGGCUUUUCGCCACCUAUCUCUGCCCCUGCUGCUGCUCCCACGACGAUAUCUUCUGCUGCUCGGGCCCCUGUGCCCGAAGUGGCCCCUGGUGGUUACUUUGUGUACACGGAAAAUGAAGUCUUUGUUGAUGCCACGGUGUAUCCGACGCAGUUUCGGACCGUGGUGAAGGCGCCGGGUUCCUCGGGUGGCAAAAUCGCCACGAGGUUCGUGUAUGAGGCGAUCGCUUCCCGCCUGGGGACACAUCCCGAGGCGCUAAAGAUUUUCUCUGGAGGCCAUCGCAUUCGCUUCGGGGAUACAAUAGCUUUUGAGGAGGCAGCGCCGCGAGGGAAUGGACGUUUAUGGGUGGAUGUCCACUUCGCUGAAAACGAGGUACCAUCGCACCUUCACAAGCUCAGGAAGGAAGACAAUCUCCUACAGUCCUUGCAGUUGCGAGCGCGGCCAGAUGAUAUCCGCCCAGCUGACCUUGUCGCUGCCCGGCGUCGCGGCUUAGCCUUUGGUGAAGCCAUCAAUGAAAUCCGCCAGAGAAACAAGGAAGAUAACCUUGUUUCCGUAGCUGUCGUGCAAGAGCCGAGCGGCACUCAAAUGCCCUUUCUGGGAGGUUAUCGCCUCAAGAAGGACCCCUCGCAUGUCUUUCUUCAUGCGGCAACACAGCUUAGAGCGCCAGGGGAUACGCGUCUGGAGGAACUGCAGCAUGGCCCCCUUCCAGGCGAUGGGGUUUCGCGGAGGACGCAAACGUACGGUGUCUCAAGAAGCUGUCAGACACUGCGGGAGUGUAGCACACAGACAGCGCGGCCCGACUAUGAGGCGGAUGAGACGUACGACGAAACUGUCGUUGCAAAGCCCUACUUCUCCUCAGUGCAAGUGCUUGCGCUACAGACUGAAAGGGUAGUGAUAUUGCAGAAGAUGUAUAGGAAAUGGAAGGCGCGCCAGGUAUACCUCGAGCUGUUUGCCGCACGACAGGCCUUUCUGGAUCGAGCUACUGCACAGGCCGCUGCUGAAGAGGCCGAAAAGCAACGUCUGGAAGAGUUUGAGCGCAGGCGCCGUGCCACUCCACGCACCGCCGACGACUUCGCCACGCUUCGUCGUGAGUUGGAGGCAUGGCGGGCGGCCGAGGCGGCGCGCAUUCUCGCGGACGGCAGUCUUAGUGAGGUGGAAAAGCGUGCCGUGCUCUCAGACCUCACGAAAAAGGAACUGCUCCUUCUUCAGGAGCUCGAAACGCUCCGCCGUGAGGCCGUGCAAAACCGCCGUACACGCCGUUUUGAGGACAUUCUUGCCUUGAUGACAGCCCCCAAGCAGUGUGGAGUGGUGUCUGUUACCACAAGGGCCGCAGAGCGUGCGCGGGAGUUGCGUGAGUUGUACCUGGCGCUGACGGAGACACCGUCCUCCAUCGAAGCCCGCCUUGACGUGCUGCUGCAUAUUAAGUGGACCGUGAAGGAAUUUGAUUCCCCGUUAACGCAGCAGAUAGUAGAGCUUGUGGAUCGUGAGUCUGACUUGCUGCAACGUGGCCGUACAGCAUGUUCACUUAAAGGGCUGCGCACGCGUUUAGAGCAUUUGUUUAAACGCUUUGUUGCCACACCGGAGUACAACCCGGCCGUGGACGAGGUCGUUACCGGUCAAACAUUUGGAGCCGUUGCCGGUGGCGAAGCGGCUUCCACGGUGGCGGCACGAUGGCGCCUCAAGCCGUCCGUCGUGCUGUAA